AUGAAUGCUCUCAACUCUCCCACUCCAACCAAUCUCCAUUCAUCUAACCUCAUUCCGACGGCCUCGCUACCAGAUCCGCCAGGCCAGGAGAUCGAUCCAACAAAUAGAAGCACCAAAAGAAUGAAAGAUGAUUCCAGCACCAUGGAGUGUUCUGUUUCCUUGAAUGGAGAAACCUCCACUCACGCCAUUAAUGAUGCCAAUAUGGACAAUCCUACUGUGACUUCUUCUCUUUUGGUAGCCAAUGCCAACGUGUCUUCUUACAGAGACAUGCUUUUGGCUGACUCUGAGGAAGCUCAAAUAUCUGUUACUUACAGCCCCUCCUGUCUUCAUGAUAUCUCUGAUUCCGAUUCGGAAUCUGAUGAUGAGGAAGGGGUGGCUUCUAUCUAUCUCUCCAAAGAAGAAAAGAGGAGAAUUCGAGCCCCCUGGGUCAAUGCUUUAAUUGUUAAAGCCUAUGGCAGGAAUGUGGGAUAUAAAUUCCUCUUUCCUCGAGUUAUGGCUCAAUGGAAACCUAAACAAAAAAUGGAAUGCAUUGAUUUAGGCUGUGAUUUUUUUUUGUUCCGCUUCCAAUGUAAGGAAGAUUACAAUCGUGCUAUGUACAGUGGUCCUUGGUUUGCUGGACCUUACUUCCUUUCGAUCCGGCAAUGGGAACCUGGCUUCAAACCUGAAAAAGCAACUUUCACCACCACUGCUGUUUGGGCACGACUACCAGCACUCUUAAUUGAAUUCUUUGAUUCUCUAACUCUUAGGAGAAUUGGAAAUCAACUUGGAGUCCUGUUAAGAAUCGAUGCCACAACAGAAAAAAAUAGUAGAGGAAAGUAUGCCAGAUUAUGUGUUCAGGUCGACUUAGACAGACCAUUAAUACAUACUGUAAAAAUUGGGAAACACAGGCAACCUGUUCUUUACGAAACAGUUGCUGACUUGUGCUUUAAAUGCGGUUGCAUUGGUCACAAUGCUGCCAAUUGCAAUUCUUUUGAGAAACAAACUCAUGAUAACAUGGACAUUAAUGAAGGUCCUAGCAUUAAUGCCACUGAAAACUCCUCUGCAAAUCCUGAAACAGAAAUCCCUACUGGGACCAAUUCUGAUGAAAAGGAAAACACUCAGGAAGAUUCUAAAUACGGGCCUUGGAUGGUCGUUGAACGAAAGAGAAGCAAAAAUGUCAAAAACAACUUUAACACGGGUACCGGAAAAUCUUCCGGCGGUGCUGCUCAAGGACAGUACAACGGGCGAAACUCAAAGCCUGACAACUCCAACGGUCACUGGCAGAGACAAAACACUCCACCCACUUCACAAAAGCAUAAACCUAUCAAUCAAGAGCCCAAACCGCGGGAACUGUUUGUGUUCCUCAAGGACAUCGGGAUCUUCCUGGAUUGGGCUCUUUACAGCAUUCUCCACUUCGAAUCGAUUCCCACGCCGGAGAACACACCCUUCCCUCUGACCAAGGGGUGGCACAACAUUGUCUCGGCCCGAUAUCCUCUCAAUCCCAAUCACUACACUCACCUUCUCAUGGAUCAGGAGGAUCUGCUAGAUCUAACCGAGGAGGAAAAAGAAAAGAUGCUCAAGGACCUUGUGGAACAGGAGUUCAAGGAAGCAGUGGAAACGGUGGAACGGGAACUCCUGAACCAGACACCGGACCCAUGGAUUACAGAAUCGAUGAUGAGGAUUAUUUUCGAGUCAGAGAUGGAUUUUGCCAAGAGCAUAGUCAUACCGCAAGGAAUCCGCGAGACCAGCGUUAUAGGGAGGUUCUACAACAAGCAAGGGGAACCCACCAUGAUUUACAGCUAUGCAAUCAUGCCGGAUUGCCAUGCCAAUACCAACAUAAUCUGGAAAGAUUGGAAGACGGGGGUGACCCACACCGACCCCCAAACUGCUAACCAAUGGUGGGGCUACAAACCCAACUGUUUAUCAAUGAUUAAGAUCCUCUCACGGAAUUGUCGCGGUGCGGCGAGAGAAAGCUUCAAAAGGAACUGCUUGAACCUUAUUCGAGAUCAUAAGCCACUCAUUUUGUUCAUCUCCGAACCUAGAAUCUCAGGCGCCCGUGCUAGAGCUGUUGCGUGGAGUUUUGGCUUUUCAGAUAUGUACUUGGUUGACACCAUAGGUUUUGCCGGAGGGCUUUGGAUGCUCUGGAAUCGCGAGGAUGUGUCCCAAACUUUCCCUAUUGGUGAACAAGCCAUUCAUGCUGAGAUUCAGGUAACCCAUCUAAACUCUACUUUCAAUUGGUUUAUUAGUGGCAUCUACGCCAGUCCUAAACUUGCUAAAAGAAAGUUAUUAUGGGAUGAACUGAGUACCUUAAGUAGUAGCAUUAAUAUGCCUUGGUCUAUUAUUGGUGAUUUUAAUGAUGUCAUAGCUGCUGAUGAGAAGUUUGGGGGCAACCCCAUUAAUCUCUAUAGAUCUAGAUUAUACAGAGAAUGCAUGAAUGACUGCCACAUGAUUGACUUGGGUUACAUUGGUGCUAAAUUUACCUGGGUUAAUGGCAAUUAUAAUGGCAUUCUCAUUAGACAACGUAUUGAUAGAGCUUGGGGCAAUGACAGUUUUAACCUUCUCUUCCCCGAUGCUAAAGUCUUCCAUCUCCCUAGAACCAGCUCCGAUCAUAACCCUAUUCUCCUUGAGCUUAUGCCUUCUGCUGCUGGUCCUAUCAAUAAACCCUUUAGAUUUGAGUGGUGUUGGUUCAGACACCCGGAUUUCAAAGAAUUUGUCCAUUCCCUCUGGCAUAAUUUUAGAGAAAACCUUGCCUCUACCAUUACUAACUUUGCUAUCUCUGUUAAGAAAUGGAAUGUGGAUGUGUUCGGCAAUGUCCACAUUAAGAAGAAGAAUCUAACGGCCAGACUCAAAGGCAUUGAGAGAAGUCUUUCGAUUAAUCACAAUCAAUUCCUUGUUAACCUUCAGAAGGAUCUUAUUGAAGAAUUCAAUGGGAUCCUUAAACAAGAAGAAGACUUGUGGAAGCUUAAAAGUAGAAUUGAUUGGAAUGUCGAUGGCGACAAAAAUACCUCCUUCUUCCAUGCUACCACUGUUAUCAGGAGAAGGAGAAAUAAAAUCAAUUCCCUCAAAGACAUUUCUGGAAAUCUUGUGGUUGAUCCCUCCGAGAUUAAGAGAAUGAUUUCUAACCACUUUCUUAAACUCUACACCACUUCUCUCUCUUUUAGCACUCUGGAGUCCAAUCUUUUCCUCCCUCCUGGUCAUAAAAUAGACAAUUCCCUUGCCUCUGAUCUUACAGCUUGCCCUACGAAAAAUCUCAUUUUUAAGGAAAUCUCUGAAGUCUUCCUCACUAAGUCCAUUCCUGAAGGAUGGAACGACAGUCUCAUCUCCCUGAUUCCCAAAACCAGCAAUCCUGAGCUUAUCACCCAAUUUCGUCCUAUCGGUCUUUGCAAUACCCCCUAUAAAAUUGUCUCCAAGAUCAUAGUUAAUCGCAUCAGACCCCUCCUUAGUGAGAUUAUUGGCCCUAACCAGGCUAGUUUUCUCCCGGGCCGCAAGAGUGCUGAUAAUGUGAUUUUACUCCAAGAAAUUGUUCACUCUUUCAACAAGAAAUCCGGUAAGAAUGGUGAUAUGAUCAUCAAACUUGAUCUUGAAAAAGCUUAUGAUAGGUUAGAGUGGAAUUUUAUUAGAAAUGCUCUCAUGUUUUUCAAUUUCCCUCCUGAUCUUAUCCAACUUAUCAUGAACUGUAUCUCCUCGGUCAAUCUCUUUAUGAUUGUUAAUGGGGAGAAGACUGACUCCUUUCAGCCCUCGAGGGGCAUCAGACAAGGGGAUCCCCUUUCCCCCUACAUUUUCAUCAUCUGCAUUGAGUAUCUGUCUCUUCUCAUUAGAGAUAAGUUCGAUAAAGGUCAUUGGAGAACCUUUAAAAUUUCCAGAUCUGGACCUCCCAUUACCCAUCUCUUCUUUGCAGAUGAUCUUAUUCUCUGUGCUAAAGCCACUUUGAGAAAUUGUAUUCUGAUUAGAGAGGUGCUUAAUACUUUUUGCGAUGUCUCGGGUCAGUUGGUUAAUAUUGACAAAUCAAAAAUUCUCUUCUCUAAGAAUACUAAUCAUGUUCUUAGAAAUGUUAUAGCUGACAAUUUUGGCUUUGAAGCUGUGGAUAAUAUUGGCAACACUCUUGAUAAGAAAAAAAUUCAUCUUAUUAAUUGGGAAACUGCUACAUGCCAUAAAAACAGUGGCGGUCUUGGCCUCAAGGCUGCAAAACCCCUUAACCAGACCUACAUGGCUAAACUUGGCUGGCAACUUCUUGAAAACAAAAAUAAUCUUCCUUGGACCCAAGCCCUUACCAGUAAGUACCUCUCAGGAAACAAUCCCUGUAAAUAUGGGUCUCCAUUGUGGAAAGGCAUUAUGGAGUCCAGCAAUAGCAUUGAUCAGGGAUUGAGGUGGGUGGUAAAAAAUGGCAGCAAGGCUUGUUUCUGGACUGAGGACUGGACUGGCCAUGGCAUCUUGAGAAGUUUUUUCAUUGGCCCGUUCCAACAACAUGACCUUAAUCUCAAAGUUAAAGAUAUGCUUGAUAAUCAUGGCUAUUGGAAGGAUGAGGUUCUUCUGUUUCUCCCCCCUGAUGUUGUCAAUAUCAUCAAAAGCACUCCCUUGCAUCGACAUUGUGAAGCUGAGGAUGUCUUGGCUUGGAAAUUUGAGGCCAAUGGAGAGUUUUCCUUAAGCUCAGCCUACCAAAUUGCAAAAAAUACUCCUAAUAGUGAUGCGAGGGAGUGGAAGUGGAUUUGGAGUUCUCCCACACUUCCUAGAAUCAAAUCCUUCAUUUGGUUGGUUGCUCAUAACAGACUUGCUGUCAAAGAACUCCUUGUGCUUAGAGGUAUUGCAACCUCCUCUACUUGUCAUGUCUGUAAUGACCCUCUUGAAUCUGUUAAGCAUGUUUUGAGAGGUUGUAAACAGGCUAUAAGCAUAUGGAGGGCGCUUAAACCUCCGGAAAAUAUUCAUCAAUCCUUUACAUCAGGGUUAAGAGAUUGGCUCGAAUUCAAUAUGAAACACACUGACCCUGCUCAUUUCACCAUCCCCUGGAAUAUUCUGUUCUCUUUUGCUAUCUGGGAAAUUUGGAAGCAUAUAAAUGACAAUUUUUUUGGUAAGACACUUAGAAGCAACAACAGAAUUCUUCAAAGUAUUUUCCAGCAGGCUGCAGAGUUUUUUGCUAGCUCUGAUAAUGCUAAUAACAAAAAGCUUAGUUACACUAAGCAGAUUCAGUGGACCCCCCCUCCCGCUGGCUUUCUUAAGAUGAAUACUGAUGGUGCCUCUCAUGGAAAUCCUGGCCUUGCUGGUGCAGGAGGCAUCAUCCGUGAUAGCCAAGGACUUUUUGUUCUUGGCUUCCAGAAACGAAUCGGUUUUGCUACUAGUACUGCUGUGGAACUUUGGGCUAUUAGAGAAGAGCUAUCCUUAGCCAAAGAGAGGAACCUUAAUAACAUCAUGCUUGAAACGGACUCGCAGCUUGCCAUCGACUUGCUGCAGAAUUGUUUUGAUCCUAAACAUGUUCUUAUUGUGCUUUUGGAUGAUUGCAGGUCCCUUAUGGCCCAAUUGAGGAUCCAAACGCUGCAACACACAUUUAGAGAGGGCAACUACUGUGCCGACAAACUUGCCAAAGCUAGCACUUUGAUGGAUGAAGACUUUAUUGUUUUUGAGCAACCCCCUGCUUCUAUUUCUAUUGAUCUUUUUGCUGAUGUUUCGGGAAUUUCUUUCCCCAGGACUUGUAAUAUCAGGGACACCCACUCCUGCUAUGAGGAGGGACUUGUCCCAAACAAUGAUCUGUACUUUUUUAGCUAA